CUUAGAGAGAGGUGAGAAAAAUUCGAGCACGAAGACGAAGGAGGAAACCAUUUUCUACGAACUCAGAAUCACCACGCGCGCGUUUUGACCAACGUGUUCACGCGUACAUACCCGCGCAUAUCUAACCCUCUUCAUUUCGACGCAUUAUUGCAUGAUAUUUCUGUUCAAUCACGAGCUUCAAAUGCGUCCAUGGCUCCAGUUGUGUUGUUGUUCUAGGGCAUUGCGUUCGUUCCCUUAUAUUGAAUUGAGUUAUUCCUCCUUUGCCUCCAAAACCUAACCCUAGAAUUCGCCGCGACCUUCCUGGAAGAUAUAAUUCUUCACUUGGAUUGCAAUUGGAGCAUUGUGCUCCCCAUUUCAGUUAAGGCUUGCAUUAAUGGGAGAUGCGUAGCUGGUGCCGUUAAGGUGGGAACACAUGGACAUGAUGCAAGAUCUAUUCUUGUAGUCAAUGCCGAGGUUUAUUCGAUGGUUGGAGUUGGUAUUGAUACCAAAACCUCUCCACGGGGAGCAGCUAUCAAGAAAACUCAAGACAAGCUCAGACAGGAGUAUGAUGUCCUAGAAGAAAGGAUAAAAGAAUUGGAAUUUCUUCAGAAAGGAGGCGAUCCGCUGAACUUCAAACUUGGACAUACUGUUUCAGUCAGUGUCCCGUCCACCUCACUAACUGAUCAACAAGUAGAUCAGUUUGUGGCUAGUGAGACAAAAGGCAGUUUCCCUUUCACUGCUUCACCUCAAGGGGACUCUGUUGAAAGUAGUGGUCGACCAGGGAGUAGUCAACCAUGCGAACCAAAUAGUGCUGAUAACCCCAAUCUAUUUAAUGGUGAAAAUAAAUUCAUUGAAGGUGAACGGACUUUUAGAUGUGUUAGAAAUAAUAUUGCUCUUCAAGCAAAGUCAACCCAGAUGGCUGGAACUCAUAAUGUCAAAGAAUUGGGGGACUCUGUAGCUCUUGGAGUUCCAAGAAAAGCAUAUAAGCGGCGUUACCGGACCAGACCUAGUCGUGAUGGUGCUAAAUCAAAUUCAAAUGAUGUCCAUACUUGUGGUGGGCCUUCAUACAGUGUCACCAAUGAUUCAAAAGGAUUACUAUUUGAUUUAGAAAAACAGUGGAGCCGUAACAUUACUGGGCAGACUACCAGCUCAAAUGGUGUUGUGACCUCUAAAGCUGUACUUUCUAAUAAUCAUUAUAUGGUUGAGUUGGACACUAUGAAGGCUGCCAAGCCAGUGAAUGAAAUGGAGAAAGUUUGCCAGCCGAAUUAUGUUUCAGAUAUUGUUUUUUCUAUGGAUUUGAUAAAUAGCCAGAUAGAUCAACGCUCAGUAGGUGUUUGUCAAGAAAGUCCUACUGAGAUGGCUCUUGAAGGAUCAGAACUGUUGUCAGUUAAAGAGAAAGGAGGGUUUGGGGGUCUUGAAACUCAGUUGUCACAUAUGGAAAAGGUUGAUGAUCAGGCUAGUUCCAGACAAAUGUAUGGAUCUAGUAAUGCAAAGAGUGAUAUGAAAACCAUAUCAAAUGAUCAUAAACGCAUCAGUGCAGCAUUGGCCUCUAAGGUUUUAGAUUCAGCAUCAUCUUGCACUCAGGCCAGUCUUAGUCUUAAUGGAAAGAAAGAUACUGAAUUCUGUAUAGACCCUAGAGAUAUAGAUUCAACUGGGCAUCUGAAGGAUCAAACCCCUAUUGCCGAAAGGAAUUGUGUCUUAGAAAACAAUGUAGUCAAACUUGUGAAAGAUAUCAAAACUGAUGGAAUUUGUGGUUUUGUUCGUGAGGAAUGCAGUUCUGUUCAAAAGAAUCAUAAAGAGAGUGGAUUUGGACCAGAACUAGUGGACUUAAUUAGAAAUGAAUCUACCUUGCAAAGUGAGAUAAAAGAUGAAGUGGUUACUUGCAAAGAAUCAAUUAGUCCUGCUGUAUUGAAAACAGAGGUAAUACAAAGUUUCUUUGUAAGUGUCAAUUCCAACAUUCAAGAUAACAAUGUAUGCAGUGACCUGGGUUCUUUUGAUUCCUCGGUUCCAUAUCAUACAAAGGAUGCAGAAAUAGUUGGAAUUUCUAGCGCGUUCUAUGUGGGACCUCAAUCUGAGAUCAAGAUCAAUCUUGUGACUAGAGGCGAUGAAGAUUCAAUCUUGGAAGAAGCACAGAUUAUAGAGGAAAAGCGUAAGAGGAUCAUAGAGUUAUCUUCUGUAAACACCUUGAUAGAGAGUUGUUGCAAAUCUCACUGGGAUUUUGUACUUGAAGAGAUGCCAUGGAUGGCAAAUGAUUUCGUGCAGGAGCGACUUUGGAAGAUAUCGUCUGCUUCUCGAGUGUCUUAUCAUGCUGCAACCACCUCUCAGUUAUGGUUUCAAGAAAUCAAUGAUAGUUGGAAGCAUAAAAAAUUAUCUCACACUUUGGUUAAGGCUGUUACGGAAUUCUGGCAAUCAGUGAAGUGGCAGGGAAUGAAUAAAAAGGCUGAGCUGCAAAGCCCAAAAAAAGAUAGUGGUCACACUAUAAAGGAAUAUGCUGUGGAAUUUCUGAAAUAUAAUAAUUUUGAUGUUCCAGACAGCCUGAAUCAAGCUCCUGUAACUCCUGAAAUCGAAGACAAUCUUUUUUAUACAGUAUCACCUGGUGCUGCUGAAACAUACAGAAAAGCUAUUGAAUCUCAAGUAUUACAAUAUGAGAAAAUUCGCUCAAAAGUGCAAGAGGGACUUGAGACAUCUGCAUAUUAUGCAUAUGAAGAAGAUGAAAGGGAAUUAACAAUGCAUGAUAUGCCAGUUGCCUUUUGUAGAAGUAACUCUUCUAGGUUUUCCCAAAAGAGGAAAUUAUAUAUGAACGCUUACAGUGGAAGGUCAUAUGCCAUUGUUGCUGAUUUGUCAUUCACUGAGUGCAAGGAAAAUAAAGUAGGGAGCCAACGAUCUAAGCCUCACCGUAAAUGUCCCACCACUAGUCUUAAUGUGUCCUUCCCAAGAAAUUGCGUUCGGACUUGCUAUGGAUCAAGUGUGCUUAGUCCUUUUAAUGCCGGGACAUCAAGUCUUCAGGUGUCUCCGAAGACAGAUGCCUCAAGUGAAACCAGCUCAUUUCAAGAUGAUCAGAGUAUUUUGCAUGGUGGAUCACUUGUACCAAACAGUGUAGAGGUUGAAUCUGUUGGGAACUUUGAGAAGCGUCUUAAAUGUGAUUCUUCUGAAGUAUCUAUGAAACCAAAAAAGAAAAAAGUGAAGUAUCCGGGCUCUUCAUAUGAACAGAGAUGGCUCCCUGAUUCUAAUUUCCAAAUUGAGCAGUUUCAGGGAGAUUAUUCCAGAAAGAGGUUAGAGCAUCAUCAGUUUGAGUCUAAUGGCUGCAAUGGUAUAAACCGUAUAAUUAAUCAGCACAUUCCAAAGAAACCAAAGAUAAUGAGGCCAUCCCUGGAAACUAGUUCUGAAUAUAACUCUCCAAUCACUGGAUCUGCCCCAUCUCCCUCUGCAUCGCAAUUUAGUAAUAUGCCUAACACCAAUAAGUUUACAAGAAUGCUUACUGGUCGUGAUUUAAGCAAGAAGGCUAAAAGUUUGAAGAUGCCUGCUGGUCUGGCUGGUUCAGGAAGUCAGUGGUCACCAUUUGAGGACCAGGCAUUAGUGGUUUUAGUGCAUGACAUGGGCCCGAACUGGGAGCUUGUAAGUGAUGCUAUAAACAGCACUUUGGACUUUAAGUGCAUAUACCGCAAACCCAUGGAAUGUAAAGAACACCACAAGAUAUUGAUGGUAAAAAAUGUUAAUGGGGCUGAUAGUACUGAAGAGAGUGAAGAGACGAGAUCUUCUCAACCUUAUCCUUCGACUUUACCUGGCAUUCCUAAGGGAAGUGCCAGACAAUUGUUUCAGCGUUUGUUGGGGCCUGUGGAAGAGGCUACAUGCAAAUCUCAUUUUGAGAAAAUCAUCCUGAUUGGGCAGAAAUAUUUGUUUGGCAAGACUCAGGGUAAGCAGGAUCCUAAACAACUCCAGCAACCUCACAGUUCUCAUACAAAUGCUCUUUCACAAGUUGUUCCAAAUUACCUGAAUGGAAUUAUUUUGACGCCUCUGGACCUUUGUGAUGCACCUUCAUCUAGUCUUGACAUCUCAUCCCUUGGAUUCCAAAAUCCACAUUCAAGUGGAUUACCUGUUUCAAAUCAGGGUUUGGGGCCAAUGUCUCCGUCUGGUGCAAUAUCUGCAACAGUGCAAGGGUCUCUGAAUGUGAUUCAUGGAAAUGACUUUUCUUCACCAUCAAGUACACUGAAUGCCACUGUCAGUUAUUUUGCUGAACUGAAAUGGCUAUUGCUGAAUUUUCUGACAGAACUUGCAAUAAUAGUCUGGUAAAAUCAAUUUCAGCAAAAUAAAUAAGUCAAAGGUUA